AUGAGGCAACUUCCAAAUUUAAAAGAAUUCACAUUUGCACAUCUGAGUCUGACCUCAGUCCCAGCCUUCAAAUGCAACGGCCUGGAAGUACUCAACCUCGGUGAAAAUAAAAUCACGAAUGUGGAGUUCGACAAAUGGGCAACUCCCAAUUUAAGGAUCCUCAAGCUCUACAGGAAUUACUUGACGUCAGUACCAGCCUUCAUAAGCGACAGCCUGGAAGAACUCUACCUCGGUUGGAAUAAAAUCACGAAUGUGGAGUUCGACAAAUGGGCAACUCUCAAUUUGAGGAAGUUAGAUCUCAGCGACAAUUCCUUGACGUCAGUCCCAGCCUUCAUAAGCGACAGCCUGGAAGUACUCGACCUCGGUGAAAAUAAAAUCACGAAUUUGGAUUUCGACAAAUGGGCAACUCGCAAAUUGAGGAUUCUUAAACUUUGGAGAAAUUCCUUGACGUCAGUCCCAGCCUUUAAGAGCGACAGCCUGGAAGAACUCGACCUCGGCUGGAAUGAAAUCACGAAUGUAGAGUUCGACAAAUGGGCAACUCCCAAAUUGAGGAAGUUAUAUCUCAGCGUCAAUUCCUUGACGUCAGUCCCAGCCUUCAAGAGCGACAGCCUGGAAGAACUCCACCUCGGUAAUAAUAAAAUCUCGAAUGUGGAGUUCGACAAAUGGGCAACUCCCAAAUUGAGGAAGUUAUAUCUUAACGGCAAUAACUUGACGUCGGUCCCAGCCUUCAAGUUCGACGGUUUUUGGGCCCACACGAAAGUGCACCUGGAACGUAAUAAGAUAGCUGCAAUUGACGGGCGAAUCCUCCACCGGAUCUUGAUGGAAUUUUCCCACGGAGAUGGUUUUCUCCACCUAGAUGUUUGUGGCCGAAGGGGAAACCUGGUUCCAUCGGCUCAGCGAUUGAUUCGCGGAGGAAAGGAAGCAGCACCUGGGUCGUGGCCCUGGCAAGCUGCAAUCUAUCAUGUGAAUUUUGGAGAUAUCAUUUGUGGAGGAGCGCUGAUUGGAAUGCGUUGGGUUCUCACCGCAGCACAUUGCGUCGUGGGCCACGACGUGAACAAUUUCCUCGUCUAUCUCGGCAAGCACUUUAGAGAUAUGUCCCAGGACGAUGAAUUCGUUCAAAAGAUGAAGGUGACUCAGAUAUUCGUGCAUGACAAAUACAAUGGCUGGGAGUCGGACAUCGCCUUGAUGAAACUCCACGAUUCGGCUAAUAUAAACGAAUGGGUUCAAUUGAUCUGUCUUCCAUUCAAUGAUGACAUUUCUGAUGACAUUUUAGAUGGUGCUGAAGAUAGAUUUUGCGGUCCUCAUCCAGGAAAGGUGGCAGGCUGGGGAAGAGACGCCUCGAACCUAGCAACAGAUGUCUUGACUGAGGUGCAACUGACAGUCAUACCAAAGCGUGAAUGCCGCAAUAAAAUCUACGAAAUCACAGGGAACCACCCUGCUUCCAUUUCCAGAAGCACGUUUUGUGCAGGAGAACGCAACUAUUCUUCUUCAAUCGUGAAUGAGAAUGCGAAAGGUAUCAUUCCAAUCACACCAAUCCUAUAA